AUGUGGCUGCUCAACACGAAAACAGCAGAGCUCAAGUUCUUUCAUACUCCAUCCGACCUCCGAUACGCCAUCCUUUCCCACUGCUGGAGGGACCACGAACAGACUUUUCAAGAGCUCCAGACACUCCGCGCACAACAUUUUUCCCCUGAUGGCACCCCGCGAUCUCGCGUGUCAGCCAAGAUACGUCAGUGCUGCAUAUACGCUGAGCGCGCCGGCUUCGAGUGGGUAUGGGUCGAUACUUGCUGCAUCGACAAAACCAGCAGCGCGGAGCUAUCCGAAGCUAUCAACUCAAUGUAUGCGUGGUAUGCUCACGCAGCUGUCUGCUACGCCUUCCUCGACGACACGCGCGACAACGAGAACCCGUCUACCCCUCGCUCGUCGUUCCGCAAAAGCAGGUGGUGGACGCGCGGCUGGACGCUCCAGGAACUCAUCGCGCCCAAGGUUGUCAUUUUCCUGUCCAAGUCAUGGCGGUUCAUUGGCACGAAACAUUCGCUCGCUUCCCUUGUGGAGGAAAUAUCCGGCAUCGAUCGGGGGGUGCUCGUGCAUGAGCGAGCCCUCGACGACAUCAGCGUCGCGCGACGGAUGUCGUGGGCCGCACGCCGACACACGACGCGCGAGGAGGACCGCGCGUACUCGCUGAUGGGCAUCUUUGGGGUCAAUCUCCCCACCAUCUACGGCGAGGGGCCGCGCGCCUUCCUCCGCCUCCAGGAGGAGAUCCUGAAGCACAUUCCAGACCAGAGCAUCUUCGCGUGG